AAAAAACCAUAGAAAUUACUCCUUUUCCCUUGCAAAAAGUUUUCGAACAAUUCAGAUUAAGAUGUCAAUUCUUUAGUACGCUUGGUGAGCGUGGUGCUGACGAUCGUGAUCGUGAUACUGUUCCCGACCUCUACUCCUCUGAAGGAAUACAUAUUGCUCCAAGUUUAGCUAUUUAUUUAACUGCUGUCUUGGAAUAUGUUGGUGAAUAUAUCUUAAUAUUAGUCGCAAAAGCUUCCGAAAAGCAAGGGGUUGAAGUUGCUAGAGCACAGGAAGUUUAUUCUGCUCUCUCUGAGGAUUUACAGAUUUUUCCUUUAUUCAGAAGAACAAACUUAAAGGAACAAAUGGAG